UCAAUUCUUGAGGUUCAGAUAAAUAGCAGAGAUGGUGAGCUUUGUAGUUGCAAAGAGUUCUUUUUAGAAUUUAGUUCAUAGGUUAUAGUCCAAUGUCCCAUAUCAUAUCCAGGGUGGACCAGCUGAACUGGGAUCUCUUCUUGUGACUCAAACUUCCCCUGAUGAAGCUUAAGCAGAUCUGAGAUGAAAAGGAUCAGGGCCCAAGGAUCUUUUAUACAAUUUCAGGUCGUCUUUGACAAGUUUGAGUCCCUCUGGGAACAAUAGGUAAUCAGGGCAUCUUUGAAGUGGGUCCAUCACCAGUACUUAACUAUACGAAUUAAUAUAAGACAAUUGCCUGUUCCUCCAUCAUUCACCAAUGAUCUGCUAUACAUUUCAAAGAGAGAUGAAUACAGAGAGAUCCCAUGUUUACAAUUCAUUUAAAUGCUAGGAUGUUCUUUUGAUCUCUGAAUUAAUAGUUAUACUGACAGACAGGAACUGUCUGUUUACAUGGCUAGCACCAAAGAUACACACAAUUAAUAUUACCUCUAACUUCUAACAACAUAGGUUUGCAUUUCAAAGUUCUAGCCUAUUUAUCAUGAAUGGCCUUAAUUACCAUUCACAUACCUUUCUAACAUGACUUUAAAGGUGGGCUCUUGGUCAUUCAGCCUGCAAGCUGCUUAACCCUUUCUGGCCAUGAGUUAUAUUUUGUAUAAGUUUUGCUGCAAUUAUAUAGCAGUAGUAGCAACAAUGGUUUGUAUAAUUAUAUUUUAAUCAGACAACAUCACACUAUUAAAUCCCACGUUUAGGGGAGAAUUGCCUUGUUUCCAUGACAAAUUCUUCAUCAUACCUCUCUAUUGUGACAGCUCCCCCUGUUGGUGUGUGCUACAGUGACCUCUCCUUGUCAGUCUUAGUCCAUGCUUUCCUCUGUCAUUGUUAUCUCCUGAAAGAAGUUGAAUCUACCUGACAGCUGUGAACAUCCAGCACAGACAAGAAGUAAUUAGAUGUGGCGAUUUCCCUCCUGCUCAGUUAGACCCGCAAACGUGGUCGGACAGACCAACAUUAAAGGAAGGCUGCAUGUGUACAUGGAUGCUCCUCUUCAAGAAGGUGAAAGUGGCUCACUGGGGCACCUUAGCCUGAUGCUUGAGAGGAAGAGUCAGGCAUGGACCACAGGAGCCAACAGUAUCUCUUGAGCAAGUCAUGGGAGCGAGAGAACAUGAAUCCAGUCCAUGGAGGUGAGGAGCCAGGCACCGCUCUGAGGGUCCACGAACACACCCCUAUGACCCAGGACGGGGAGGAAGGUACCAAGAGUUUGGUCACUGGAGGUGAGGAGUCAGCUGAUGUCCUGAUGACCCAGCUGUGCCCUCUGAGGCUGGAGGAAGUGGUGGUGACCAAGAAUGCUCUACCUGAUGGCCUGUUGGAGCACUGCACAGCACAGACCACUUCUGAAGAAAAUUCCAGUGAAGCUUGUGGUACAAUAAGGCAGGAUGUGGGAGAAAAGGAGGACAAAGUGCAGCCGGCACUGGAGAUGAUGGCACUGAAUGAUUGCAAUAUGGAACUUGGCAGGGAUGUCAGCGGGCACGAACAGAAAACGAACUCCCUUCACAGCCAGAAACUCAUGGUUGUCAAGCAGAUUGUGAAGCAUAUUAAAUCGCUGCCGCAGGAUUCGCUGGACUUGCGCUCCAGUGCCGUGCGCCGUCAGGGGAUGCUGCUCAUCACAGACUGCAGCAAAGUGAAGCCGCCUCUGGAAGGUAAAGAGAAGUUGGAUGUGGUCAUUGUCUGCGUUGCCAGCAUCUUUGCCCUGCCCUCAAUCGAGGCCUUGCAAAGGCAGGAAGGCCACAAAGUAAAUGUGAAGGAUUUGUACAACCAGACUGUGGAUGCCCUGGAAGUGAUGCUGAGAGCUCUCCUGUCAGAGAAGCCAACCCCAGCUGAACUGCAGAACUUCUUGGAUGUAAGCAGCAUUGAGCUGCACUUGGGCCACUGGAUGACAUCAGAGAAAGCUCAUGAGCGAGCGAGGGCUGUGAAAACCAGUGUCUGCCUGUUACAAGCGGCAGUCGAGCAUCCUAAGUUCUGUAUAUCACACGAGUUCCCCAGGCUGGGGAUCCUGAUUGGACGGCUGGCCCUGCGUGUUGGUGACCCGGAGAAGGAGAUUGGCCGCCAGGCUAUGGAAGGCUUGUAUUUCCUCUACUCCCUCAUGUGGUGCCAAAAGGAACCUGAGAGGAAGAUGGGGUCUGUGACAGCAGUGCUACAUCAAAUGCCCAAAGAGAUCUUGGGUAUCUACGAGCCCACCAGGACUUGUCAGAACAUCUCUGAAAUUGUUAAGGGAUUUGGACAAUUUCUCAGCCCAGACCAGAUGGCAGACCUUCUCCUGACAGCUGUAGAAAGCCUGAAGAAGGCCAAUGAGAGCACCAUUGAAGCAUCAAAGACUAUUCUGAAUGUAAUCCUGGAGAAGUACAAGCAUAAGAUACAGAUGAAGGUGCCAAAGAUUGUGGACAGGAUCCACUCCCAGCUCAGAGCCAUCCAUCAUUCCCAUGCCAGACAGGUAGUGAUGAUGGCCUUAUGCCUCCUGGCUCGUGCUUUCAUGGAAGAAGUGUCCAAAGCCCUUCUAAAAUGUCCGCUUCCGCUGGACAGAGAUGCAGCUGGGAUGUGGAGAACACUGGCCAAAACAGAGGCAAUCUGUCACUCCCACAGACUUCUGGACGUGCUGCUGAAGGAGCUGCAGGAGAGGCCAAGCACCUCUGAGGAUAAAGCCUUCUUCAUACCUAUAGCUGCAGCCAGUGCUCUGUGCGAGGUGUUAUCUGUAUCCAUGUGCACACAGACAGUGACACGCUUCUAUCCCCGCCUCCUGAUGGCCCUGCUUGUUCAGGUGCACUAUAGCAUUGGGCUCAGCCUGUCCGACAGUGGGGUCUCCAGGAAGGAGCUCAUCCCUGCAUGCUGUGUUGUGAAGACCGUGAAGACCCUUCUCCUAAAAAUGGGAUGCCACUAUGAGUUCACCUCUGUUGAGAAGGAGGGAGGCUGGGAACUGCUCACUAGCUCUGAGGAGCACCAUCGCGGGGUAGGCCUGCUUGCAAGAGCCAUGGUCCACUAUUCUUGCUGUGAGCUGUGGCGGAUCCUGUACCUUCUGGUCCCGUUCCUCGAACGAGGUGAUAAACAGCACAAGCUCACAGCGAUGGCCUUUUUCAUUGAGCUUCUCCAUAUGCCACAGGCAAAGCGGCUCCCAGAAAAAUAUUCUGUGAUCCGUCUGCUGAAAGGACUGACUGACCCAGAUCCAAUUAUCCGAGCGUUGUGCGUCAAAGGACUGAUCACCAUGGCAGACUGGCCAGGGAAGGAGAUAAAGGUCCUGGUGCCAGCCAUGAUAAACAGCUUGUGUGGAGUGGACGGGAGGCUGGUUGUGGAGGCUCUUGCUGAUGUGAAGAAGAUUCUCAGAGGUUUGGAUGGAGCAAGUUAUGUUGGCUGCAUCACCAGUCCCCUUAGGCUCCUCUUUGAUGAUGAGAGAGAGAGUGUGCGUUCUGCUGCCAUUUCCUUGUUUGGAAAAAUGGUCAAGAAGGUGAAGAAGAGUCGGGGGCUUAUGAAAGAGGAGGAUGUCUUGGACAGCUUGAUCCCAUUACUUCUGCACCUGCAAGAGGGCAACCCUGACAUGGCUGAGAAAUGUAAGAAUGCCUUGGAUGAAUGUUCUCGACUCCUGGAAUGGAGACUACCUAAACAGGUGGGCAACAGGAAGGCCUGGCACAAUCACCAAGAAGAUGUGGAUGAAAUCUGUCAGUACCUUGUGAAGACACGUCAAGAAAAUGUCCAAAGGUUCUUGUUCCAAAGCCAGUGCUACCUCAGCAGCACACAGCCUUCUUUACGAAGGGCUGCAGCCAUGUUCAUAGGGUUCCUGGUUAUGCACAUGGACAACAUGAUGGAAAUGAAAGAUUUGGACAUCAUAAGUAAUGAAUCCCAUUGACUUCAGUGAAGCUCCCUGCAGGUGGAGGCAUCUGCCCCCAUGGAACAACUUGCAGUAUUGAGGCCUUACAUCAUAAUUUCUUCAGGACCUGCACAGUGUCUAGACUAGUUCCUGUGAAGCACCCAGCACAUGUUUAGGCAUCAAGCAUAACAAAGUCCUGUCAGGCAAGUACUUUUAAGUACUUUAUGGUAGUGUUCCGUGGGUGCUGCCGAUGAGUAGGAGGAUGCAGAGGAUCUAGCCGGGGGGAGGGGGGUAUGUUACAGAUGCUGUAGAUGAGGGGGAAAUGCAGGGGAGGGCUUUAGGAAUGGUAUUUCAGACAGCUGAAUGUGAAUAUGCAAAGACCCCGGUGUGCGGUGCAUUUCUGGAUAUAAAUGUUUUUUAUGACAGUUCUGUAGUUUCCAGUAAACAUUUUGUCUUUUGUUUCAGCUCUCGGGGGCUUAAUACAUGACCCUGAGGCGUCCGUGUGUAUCUUUGCUGCUCAGGCACGUGAACGCGUCCUGGCAGUUUACUGGAAAUUAAAGUACGCCCUGGUUGAGCAACACAAAGUGAACAGUGACUCUGCUGAGA